UCUUCCAUCUCAGUUUCAAUUUUACCUUGCUCUACAUAGCUCAACCAUGGCUUACUCGUCAUCGGGCAGAUCUGGUGCUUAUACACAACAGCUUAUCAAGAGCGACCGGGGCAUGGUGUCUAUGUCUGAUGACAAUGUCAUGAUGAAGCAAAUCAUAGCAACACACACCCCUGAUGGAAGAGAGGUUGAUGUUAAACCCCUUUUCUUUCUCGUUGAGGAUAUCCUCAAUCGUGCCACCUUUCAAGCUGACAUUCCAGAGGGUGCCCAAGCACAAAUGGAGAUCGAGGACAAAUCCCAGCAAGUAGGUUUGAUUGCCAUGAUUGAAGCAAUAUCUUUUACGAUUGACAGGAUUUCUUGCGAGAUAGCUUACAAGGCGUUGGGAGGUUCAGAUGCGCAUGCAACAACUGUCUCUCUAUUCAGCUUGCUAGCAACCUACUCAUGGGAUGCAAAGCUGGUGCUUACACUGGCAGCUUUUGCUCUAAACUAUGGAGAAUUCUGGCUCCUUGCCCAGAUUUACCCAGCAAACCCACUAGCCAAAUCAAUGGCAAUCCUGAAACAAUUACCUUCCCUGAUGGAGCACACUGGUCCAUUGAAAUCACGCUUUGAUGCACUUAACAAUCUUGUCAAGGCUAUGAUGGAUGUGACCAAAUGCGUCAUUGAGUUCGGGGAGCUACCAUCCGCCUACAUUCAACAGGAUGUUGCUGCAUUUUCCACUGCCAUGACCCACAUCCCAAUCGCUGUCUAUUGGACCAUAAGGAGUGUUGUGGCUUGCGCAACGCAGAUGACCAUGCUCACCAGCAUGGGCUAUGAGUUUGCAGUAUCAGCCACAGAGGCAUGGGAGCUAUCCACCUUGGCUCACAAACUCAAGACCAUCCAUGAACAUCUUAGGAAGCAGCUGACUACAUGCUACCAAUACAUAGAUGAAAAGAAAAGUCUUGAAGCCUAUCAAAUGCUUCUGCAUCUCUUUGAAACGAUCCAUGUAGACAAUAUGAAGAUUCUGAGGGCCUUGAUCUACGCCAAGGAUGAUUUGCUGCCACUUGUUGAUGGUGCUUCUAAGAAAAGGGUUAGCCUUGAUGUACUACGGAGGAAGAAUGUAUUGCUGCUCAUUUCUGACCUAGACUUUUCCCCCGAUGAGCUUUCUAUCCUCGACCAAAUUUACAGCGACUCAAGGCAACAUGGCCGCAGGCUAGAGAGUCAUUUUGAGGUCGUCUGGAUACCGAUUGCAGAUCCGUCAGUCAGGGGGAAAGAGGCAAUGCAAGAGCAAUUUGAGAGCCUACAGUCGUCAAUGCCAUGGUAUACAGUGCACCAUCCGCACCUGAUAGAGAAAGCAGUGAUUAAGUUCAUUAAGGAAGUGUGGCACUUCAAGAACACGCCAAUUCUUGUAGUGCUAGACCCUCAAGGGAAGGUGGUCUGCCCAAAUGCCAUUCACAUGAUGUGGAUUUGGGGAAGCAGUGCCUUCCCUUUCACUAGCACGAGAGAAGAAACUCUCUGGAAGGAAGAGACCUGGAGGCUUGAGCUUCUAGUUGAUGGAAUUGAUCCAGUGAUUUUAAAUUGGAUUAGAGAAGGUAAAUACAUUUUCCUGUAUGGAGGAGAUGAUCUAGAAUGGAUUCGUAAAUUUACAAACGCUGCACGCACGAUGGCAACCGCUGCGAACAUACCUUUGGAAAUGGUGUAUGUAGGGAAGAGCACCAAGAGGGAACAAGUAGAACGAAAUAUGAAUAGCAUCAUAGCUGAAAAGCUCAGCCACGCGUGGGCAAAUCAUGCCAUGGUGUGGUUCUUCUGGACCCGUCUGGAGAGCAUGCUAUUCUCGAAGAUUCAACUGGGCAGAGCCGAUGACAACGACCCCAUGAUUCAAGAAAUCAAGAAACUGCUGAGCUAUGACAGAGACGGCGGAUGGGCUGUGCUUAGCAGAGGUUCCCAGAUAGUAGUUAAUGGGCAUGGAACCAUCAUUUUGCCUACGUUGUUGGAGUAUGAUAUUUGGAAAGAAAACAUUCCCGUUAAAGGCUUUGACUUGUCAUUCACGGAGCAUCAUCAGAAACUUCAUGCUAUUGCUCACCCAUGUUGCCGCUUUGAGUUCUCGAGUCAUUUCGGAAGAAUUCCGCACAGCAUGAAAUGCCCUGAGUGCCUCCGAGUCAUGGAGAAAUUCACAACUUUCUCCUGCUGCCAUGAUGACCAUGCUCCAGGCACAGGCUCAAGGUCACUAUUCUAGUAAAUACGGGUGGCUUUCAGUUUCUACAGAGUGUUUUAUGGCAUUCUGGAAUAAAAUUCCUGUGUGAGAUGUACUGUGAAUGGUCCCAUUAGGGGCUAAUUUUCUACAUUUGAUAAUAAAUUUAAGAGCGAUUUAUUUUG